GUGUUGAAUCUCAGAACCCUGUUGCCAUGGCACCAAAACAAGGAUUCGCCUGCAUUACCCGGUAUGACUGGAUUUGUCUGAAUCAUCUUUCUCUCUCUCUCUCUCUCACACACACACACACACACACACAUCUGACAGACGUUCAUUCAUGUAUAACACAUAUGGAACAUGUUUUCUUCUUCCUUUAUUUUCUAAUUUCCCUGAUUGUUGCACUAAACACUUGGCGGUCCAGAACGCAGUCCGUCUAUCCGAGAUUAACAUUUCAGUGCACUUUAUCUGUCAGGCAGAUGCAGACUUGUAAACCGCCGCGUGCACAUAUUCACAGAUGCACAAAGUCGCACGCACAUACACAGUCCGUAAAAGACCACUCAUGACUGACCCAGCCGGGGAAUGCUGGGUUAAUCCACAAAGCGGUGAGAUUCUGAUGCAUACCCCAACAGAGAGGAUUACCCUCCCAUCCUCUCAUCCAUCAGCCCAUCCUCAUGCACAUACACUCAUCAUAACAAUCCAACAUUAACAGAUGUGCCACUCUCAGAGCUCACCACUACCGGGAGAUUGGGAGAGAUGGGAGAGAGGGACAGAUUUGGAGAGCGAGUGAACAGGCCUAUUAACUCCACGCUGUGUUGGUUCCAGCAUCUAGGGUGGACCCGACCGACUGAUCGCAAUGGAGUUUAAGCAUGGCCUCCUUCACCUUCAAAAAUGAAUAGUCGGUCUGUGCAUGAAUGCAUGCUUACUUGUCUGUGAAAUCGAGAACUCUAUCAGCACUGACACCUGUCAAUCAGCUUACAACAAGAGGAGAGAAGAAACAAAUCCAGGGAUAGAGAAGACAAGAAGGCUAAGUGUCUUUCAGGAUGUGAGACAGCACAAAGAUGAUCUUUACUUUCACAAAAAGCAUUGGAGGAGCACUUGCUUCAAGGAUGGGCCGGUGUGUUGGACUACUACCUCUGCUGCUGCUACUUCCCAACCUGCUCUCUGCUCAGACCACCACUGUGUUUGAACUUGAAGACACGUCCAGCUUGGAGAUCACCCCAACACCUUGUCCCACUGACCUAAAUACCGUAGCAGGAAAGAGCUCGUCUACCAGUGCUCGACCCACCAGUCCAGUAAAAGCGAUCACGGAGGAGGACCAGUCUGCCGCGGAGAGCUACCUCUACACUGGCAAUUCAUCUACUUUGGCUGCCUCUACAUGCACAAAGAGUUUCCAGCUGCCUGUUCGACUGGGAUCUCCGCCUAGAGACCUUCUCCCUCUCUUGCACCAAGCCAUAGCAUCUCUGACCAAUGCUGCCAACUUUCUCAACCUGAUAUUCCAAGCUAGUGAGCUGAGGGAAACCAGUGUACGAGAGGACAUCGAGUGGUACCAUGCACUGGUGCGGGCCAUGCUCGAAGGAGACAGGCCGGGCCUAGUCAGACGAGCUUUUCUAACAUUCGACGCUGACCCCACGAUCCAACAGCCGCAGCUGGUGCUCCGUGCCUCCAAAGGCACAACCCAAGACAUUCUUCUGCAGGACCUGACAUCCGCCUGGAGCAGCUUUCGUCCUCCUGCUCCUGACCAAAGCUGGUUUGAUAUGUUUAAGUCCAGCGCUCCACCCCUCCAUGCCUUGUCGAAACGGGUUCUUCUAAAUGACCUAAGCACCCUAGACACUCCCAAGUGGGCACGUGGAGAUAGUUAUGUGAUCAAUAGCAGUGGGGUUCAGUGGGGCGAAGCCCCUUUCCUUGAGUGCGUUGAUGGCCGUUUUUUGCCAGGAUGGCUACUUAGUCUUUCAAUGCCAUUUUAUGGGUUGAAGCCAGACCUAAACCCAGAAUUCAGGGGUGUUAUCCGUGUCGACGUCAACAUCCAGGGAUUCAAUGUGGAUCAGUGUGCCAGUGGAGACUUCUGGUUUUCAAACACACAUCAAUGUAAUCGGACCAGCAUGGAGUGUGAAUCCAUCCCUCAACAGGGCUUCCGGGUGGGUCAGUACUGCUGCCGAUGUAAAAAGGGCUACUACAGUCCAAAUCCAGACACGGAAAGCAAAAGGAACAACAGUAUGAACAGUACCCGAGCUUGUUACCCAGAUGUCCCAGUGUGUCUGCCCUGUUGGGCCGGCUGUGAUGAGUGUGAGGAUGGAGCUCCAUGUUGGGUGCAGGAAGACUGGCUCCUGAGGACAGGUGUUCUGGCUGUGCAGGGUCUCUUCAUGAUGCUUGUUCUUAUCAGCAUGCUGGUGGCAUAUCAAUGCAGGAGAACCAAGCGGAUCCGAUCGUCAGGGCUUUUGCUGCUGGAGAUGAUCCUGUGUGGCUCUCUGUUGCUUUACUUCCCUGUCUUUAUUUUAUAUUUCAAACCCAGCACUUUCCGGUGUAUUCUGCUCCGCUGGGUUCGUCUGCUUGGCUUCGCCAUUGUUUAUGGAACUGUGAUGCUCAAGAUGUACCGGGUUCUGAAGGUGUUUCUGUCACGUACGGCCCAGAGAGUGCCAUACAUCACUACCACAGGUGUGCUGAGGAUGCUGGGAGUUAUAGUGCUUACUGUCAGCUGGUUCCUUUGUGCAUGGACCGUGGGCGUCCUUCAGAAUCGAGACAGGAACGUUCCACUGCUGAUCAUUUCCACCACCUCCGAAGGACAGGGCUUCAACGUGUGCGACCUGGACCGGUGGGACUACAUGAUGGCUGUGGCGGAACUGUUAUUUCUAUGCUGGGGCAGUUUCCUGUGCAGUGCAGUGAAGACGGUACCUUCAGCAUUUCACGAACCACGUUACAUGAGCAUCGCAAUCCACAACGAGCUACUGCUCUCCUCCAUGUUUCAUCUUUUCAGAUUUGCAAGACCAUCAAUUCAUCCUGACUGGAUGCUCUUGCUGUUCUUCACCCACACGCAUGUCACGAUUACUGUAACGCUCGGCCUGCUUUUUGUACCCAAGUUUCUCCACAUGUCUCGGCCCGGGCGAGAGGAAAUAGCUGCAGAGGUAUAUGAGGAUGAGGUGGACUUGAGACGCUCGUGUUCUUAUCUCAACAGUAGUUUCAACUCUAACUGCUGGAGUGACCACAGCUUGGACCCUGAUGACAUUCGGGAUGAGCUGAAGAAACUGUAUUCUCAGCUGGAAGUCCACAAGACCAAGAGGAUGGCAAACAGCAAUCCCCACCUUCCAAAGAAGCGCAGUUCUCGCCUUAGUAUUGGACGGUCCCUUAUAAAACGGAUCAGUGAGAUCCCAGAAAGUUUAAGCAGGCAAUGCAGUCGUGAAGAUAAGGAUGUCAAUGCUGCAAUAGGAAGUAUACCCCGAUCAGGAUCUUAUUACAAAAGUCAUCAAACCGCAAGCAUUAACAAGAUGAAUGAAACUUUAAUGCAGCCCUCGCCAAAGCUGCGGAAGUCCCAUAGUGCCUAUGAUUGUACCCCAGAAAGAGAGGUCUCCCUAUUAAACUCCUCCAUAAGGAGCACAGAGAAAAGGGUUUCACUUCAUUCUGACUCAGGAUCCAUCAACGCAACAUUGCUAGUCUGCAAGUCUGCCAGUGCCCACAAUCUAUCGGUAGACACUAACCUUCUACUUCCAGAGCCUAGCAGGUUUCAGAAGUCACUUAGCGUCAUAGAACGCAAUGACCAUCGCUCUGUGACUCCUUGUAGAAGCACUGAAAAUGUCUCGCUUGCUGGCAAAGCUGCCCCAGCAGAUAAGCCCCAGCUAACUGUGGAUGUUGAUAUAAAGAGGCAGACUUCAAGUGCCUUGCUCUCAGAGUCAUUUGACAAGGCCGAGGUCUGCCCAUGGGAGGUCUCAGAGGAGCUCCCUGCAAACAAGAACCAAAAACAUGUCACAUAUUCUAUUUCCAAACAAGAAGAACCCAAAUCACCUGGUGCUACCUCGUCGCCAACGAUGUUAUAUGUUUGUCCAUGGGAAUUCUUGCCACCUCCUACUCCUCCUGCAACAGAAACUGGGAAUGGUAUUCAGUCAGAUGCUGAUUCCACAAAACCCAAGCUUUCAAUGUCCUGUAGUGCUCCAGGGUCGCCACUCACAAUCUCUGGUAAGCCGAAGGAUUUUCGGGUUUUCUCGUUCCGCUCCACUACCCAAAGUCUACUUGUGGCAAAGGGCAUUGGGGAAGUUGGAAGGAGUAUGAGCAGAGAGAAAAGCCUACAGGAAAGUAAUGUUAGGGAAGGAACACUACAGAAAUCUUUGUCUACAUCCAUGAGAUUGUCCCCAGGCAGUGCAGCUUCAGACAAGCGUACCCCUCAGACACACAGACGGGCUAUGACUACCGUAGGCACAAAACCUUGCCUUGUCAAACAAACAGCGAUAAGACUGCCAUCUACUGAUUCUCCUGAAAGGAGUCCCAAACAUUCUGCUCCUUCUGCUCCAGUUCACAUCUGUCCAUGGGAGUCAGAGGACGUGGUCUUGGAGGUCAGGAAGCAGAAUUUGAAUGACAGUGUGUUACAAAGACAGUACAGUGACAAACAAGUACUAUCUGCGACAGUAAGUAAUGAUGUCUUCAAACCCCCUGAGUUCCAACUGAAAUCAUUACUGGCUGUUCCCAAUACAGAAGUGUGUCCGUGGGAUGUCCCAAAACCUUUUCAUCAAACCAGCAUUUCUGAAGUGUGUCCUUGGGAGGUUGUGGAAGUAGAGCAAUUGCAAACCAAGAGCAUACAUGCUGAUGUGUGCCCUUGGGAAACAGAUGGUGAGCCAUCAAGAGCCCCUGAAGACAAUAUAUAUAAUACCACUGUUGAAGUCCCUAUGACUGAAGACACCCAGAAGCAGGUAAAUGUGAAGUCUGAGGCAUGCUCUUAUGUAUUAGACACACAUAUCUCCCAGGUUAGACAAGGAUCCAUCAAAAACUCUAGUGACUCAAUAAAACACGGUGAAAGGGUAAUUUAUGUCAAUGCAAGACAAAGUCCAGUAGACCAAGAGAUGCAGAGAGAUGUGGGUUUAGAAGAACCAAGUCAUAUACUGAAACAAGAAGAAAGUGAUUUUCCUGAACCACCCCCACCUGUAAUUGAUGUAAGUCCCUGUGAGUCUGAGCCAAACGCAAAAGAUGCUAUAAAACAGACUUUAAUAGAGACCAUGCCUAAGAAAGCAACUAUUUGUCCGUGGGAAGCAGAGGAUUCUGGGAGGUCAGAAGAGAAGGUGGGUGCUACAAACAAGGGGCCAGUUCAUGUAAAUGUGUGUCCAUGGGAAACAAGUGAGUCUGUGAAGUCCAUGCAGAAACAAGAAAGUGUCUGUGGAGAUGUCUGUCCAUGGGAGACAAGUGAAUCAGUUGAGACCUUACAAAAGCAAGAAGGUGUUCGUGAAAAUGUUUGUCCUUGGGAAACAGAAGACAUGACGAAGAACUUGCAGAAACAAGAAAGUGUUCAUGCAGAUGUCUGUCCAUGGGAGACAGGUGAGCCAGUCAAGACUUUACAGAAACAAGAAAGGAUCCAUCCUGAUGUCUGUCCAUGGGAGACAAAAGAGCCUCAAAAGGCCUUACAGGAACAAGAAAGUGUUCAUCCAGAUGUCUGUCCAUGGGAGACAGGAGAGCCAGUCAAGAUCUUGCAGAAGCAAGAAAGUGUUUGUGCAAAUGUUUGUCCUUGGGAGACAGGAGAGCCAGCAAAAACAAUGAAGAAACAAGAAAGUGUCCAUGCAGAUAUUUGUCCUUGGGAGACAGGAGAGCCAGCAAAGACAAUGCAGAAACAGGAAAGUGUCCAUGCAGAUGUUUGUCCUUGGGAGACAGGAGAGCCAGCAAAGACAAUGCAGAAACAAGAAAGUGUCCAUGCAGAUGUUUGUCCUUGGGAGACAGGAGAGCCAGCAAGGAAAAUGCAGAAACAAGAAAGUGUCCAUGCAGAUGUGUGUCCAUGGGAGACAAGUGAGUCAGUCAAGACCCUGCAGAAGCAAGAAAGUGUCCGUGCAAAUGUGUGUCCAUGGGAGACAGGAGAGACAACAAAGGCCUUGCAGAAACAAGAAAGUGUCCAUGCAGAUGUCUGUCCAUGGGAGACUGGUGAGCCAGUGAAGACCCUCCAGAAACAAGAAAGUGUCUACUCAGAUGCCUGUGCAUGGGAGGCAAAACAAUCACCCAAACAAUCUGUGCCACAGGACUGCACUCAUGCUGUCUUAUCAAAAAGGCAAGACAGUGCUCAAGAAUCUGUCUGUCCAAGGGAAAAUGAUAUGGGGACACCACCAGCAACCGAAACCAGCACAAGUCAAACUGCCCCAGAUAUAAGUGAGAUACACCCUUCAAACACAGGCAUGCAGACAGCAGAAGAGAUGAGAGUUAACCCUCCUCUGGCUCGACGUGAUGCACUGUGCCCUUGGGAUAUGGGAGCAAGCAGACAAGAAUCUAUUACAGUGCAUGACAAUUUAGAUGUCUUCACUUGGGAGGAGACAAUACCAGAGGAAGAUGACGGUGAUGCAGAAACUGCUGCAGAGGCCUUCAUCUUCCCUCCAGACUUGUGAUCUGCAAGGGCAGUAUCAUUGUGCUUUAUUCAGCUUGAAAGACUUGUGGCAAAAUGGGACCACUGGUCACUGGGACACUUUCCUGCUUUAUGCAGAAUGUCCCUCCAAUGUCAUCAGCACACUUCACUGACUGUUAUUAAAGAAAUGAUUCCACCUAUAUGCCAAUUUUCUCCCUCUGCAGCUUAACAAACUAUUUCUGAAGACUGACUGCUAUUAUGACAGACUGCUCUCCUGUGCACAUUCCCUUUUGGCCUUACAUUAAUACAAACACCCUGUUUAAUUUGGUAUUGUUUUGUGUGUAUUUGUGUUCAUUUUACUACGUAGAUUAUAUUGUCGGUAAAGCCUACAUCACCAACAAACCCUGGGCGGAACAUUUCGAAAAUUUUAACACAUUUUCAGUAAAAAAAAGUUAAGAUGAGCUGUCCUGAUAUGCACAUCAACGUUGCUUAGAGCUGUUAAACAGGUACAGCUUUUAAGACCUUAUGUUCUGCUCAAAAGGUUUAGAUAAACAUAAAUUUAACAGUAAUUGUAGCAUUUUUCAUGUCUCAAAUAAGGCAUUUCGACCAAACUGGUUAAUUUACAAUCUAAAGGGUAGCACUAUUGUAUUUUUCUGACAAGGAGUCAAGUAUUCAAAAAAAAGAAAGAAAAUAAACGUAACACUUUACAUUAUACUAUGUGAAAUAACAUAACACAAUUUUAAUUUUUUUUUAUCUUGGACCAGGGAAAAGUACUUGAUCUAUAAAAAUAGGAUGAUUAAUUUUGAUAAACUUAUAAUUAAACAAUGUUUCAUAGAACUCAGUUUUAAAUCUUAUAUGAGGACCUGAAAUUAAAUGUUCAGGGUUUACAACACAACUUUUGUCAUGACAUGUUUAAUUCAACCUAUUUACAUGCUACUUCUGAAAAAUAAUAACAGCUAUAAGCAAAGGUAAUGACAUUAGAUUGCACUUGUAAUUCCUACUAGAGUUAGAAAACUGUUUAUUUUUGAGUUUCAAUGUGAACAUUUCAAACUAGGAACAUAAAGACUGUGCUUUUGUAUGAGGUAAGAUUUUUGUAAGAACCAGUCAAUUUUCAACAGUAGCCAAAGGAAGUUUACAUUAACUUCUAUCAAUGUAAAAAAUGCAACAUUUAUUUUUAUAUUCUUAAUAAUGUGUCACUUGAGUAUUCUGAAAUAAACUUUUAAACUGCAAA